GUGAUCGUAAGUGGCCGUGUAGAGCGAGAGCUGACACAGACGUUUGUGUUAUUAGUCCCUGUUCAAGAGAAUCAACAUGACUGGCGCUUGAACGGAAUGUCAGAUUAGCUUUCAUUUGGACGCAAUCCUCAUUCCUCGUUGUCAACGCGCACACAGCUGGGCGAUAGCACGAUUUCCAGACUUAUAUCAACAAUCUUUUAUUAGAUUCCCAAUCAGACUUUUCUGUAUAAGACAGUUUACACAUACUGAAACAAAGUGGAUUUAACAGUGGCUACGUGGUUCACCCGCACUCCAAGAUGCUUCUGGUCUCCCAGCGGCUAGACUCACCUCGCAUGGACCCAUUACUGCCAGGAGCCCUGAAGAGGAAAUUGACUGGGGCCGUUGAGAGUUCUGCAUUACUAAACGGGGUCUCUGACACGUCUAUAACCCAGGGAGGUGGCAAACGUCUAUGUCUGGAAGAUGUCACCUUGGACAUGGGCCCCAGCUACCCUCAGCCCCCGUUCUUUUCUGGGAUGGACAACCAGGGGGGCCCUCUGGAAGCUAAUCGACUGAACAGCAACAACAACAAUUUGGGGUCGCCAUAUUCCGUACCCACAAAUGCUAGUCCUGGAUCAACACAAAAGACUGGGGGAGGCUCAGGGGGCUUGACAAGCAACUUCAACCCAAAUGGGAGUUCAGCCACUCCUUCAGUGGAACAAGAACUGCAGGAGAUUUUGGAUGAACUUACAAAGAACCCUGAUCCCUCCUUACCUGAACUUGAUAUUGAGAAGAUCUUAGGAAAAGAAAGUGAUGACCAGGCAAGUAGUGCUGGAGGUUUUGUCCACCUGGAGGGUAAUGGCACCCCCAAAAGGUCUCCACAGAGACAGUCCCACCUGGAGGCCCACCUCACUCAGUCCCCUGGUUUCUCUCAAGCUGGGUCGCCUCAGGUGGGUCCAAGUCCUGCUGGGGCACCAUAUACUCUACCACACCCUUCCAAAACAGUUCUGUCUCCCCUCUCAGCAUCACCCUUGUCCUCCUCCUCUUCACAAGGGCAAAAUCAAGCACGCUCGCCCAUGCUUUCUGCUGCCCUAUCAAGCCGGCCCGGAUCCAACUGGCAUGACAUGCCCCGAGCCCAACAGCUUCAGCAGAUGGCAUCGAAUAGUAAGCAUCAUUCCAACAACAGUGCAGGUCCCCCACCUGCACAGUCAGGGUUGUCUGGAUUGGGCCAGCAGAGUACUUCCUGGGCUGGUCCCUCUCCACCUUACAGACCAGGGGAUAAACUGCCUAACUCAUCACCACAUCAGCAGCCUUUCAGCCCAGCAGGUAAUAUUCAGAGCCCCCAGAGUUCUCUUAUCUCUAGCAUGGCUCCAGCCCCGUCCACCAGACCUUCACCACCCUACAGGCCAGAAAAGCUGGCUAGCCCAGCAAUUGCUCAGCCCCCAUUCAGCCCCCAAAACAGCAUUCUGUCUGGAAAUGCCCCACCAGGAGUUUCAGGCACUGCAAUCCAAGGUUCUCAGGCAAGUUUUCUUCCUGGUGUGGCCCCAGCAUCAAACAACACUCGACCAUCGCCUCCUUACCGACCAGAUAAACAUCCAAGUCCAGCGGGGCAAUGCCAACCAGGAACACAACCUCCCACACAAGGACUUGUUUUCAACUCACAAAAUACUCAAGCACCUGCAAUGUCUAGUCAGCUGUUCAAGGCCAUCACAUCCAACCAGCCAACCAGUAGCCUCAAGCUCCUAAUGCAGGCACAGGGAAAACCCUCACAGCUGCAACUAAACAAGACCACCACAGCUGGUAUGGGUCCAGAACCAUACUCCUUCAACAACACCAAGCCGUUACGUCAUUUUGACCCCAAUCCCUCUGUGACCAAACCGGGUCCUCUGACUGUGGGAGCAUACCGCAAUGCUAGCAUGCAGCCCACGACACCCACAUCAGCCACAGGACAUGGACAUCUUUUGCCACAGCGUGUGCAAAGGGGCAUGCCUGCUGGUGGUAUUGUGCCUCACUGCAGAGAUGAUCAAGGUGCAGGAAUGGUGCCACCUCUUCAGGACCCUCCGUCAGCAGUGCCACGGCAGCCCCAGGGCAGCAACUACAACAUGAUGCUUAAGAAUCAGCUAAUAAGCAAACAGCUUCAGCAAGAAAAGCAAAGGCAAAUGGAGCAAAUGAAUGGAGGGCAUGUCACAGACUGCCGACAUGUGGCAUCAUUUCAAGGUCCAGGUCGACCACUCCCUCCAGAGUGUGGUGGAUAUCCUCUGGGAGCUUCUCAACAGCCAAAUUCCUCCAUGCUCUCCCAUAGUGGCCCUUUACCCUCAAAUCGAAUUGGUCUUUCCUCCAGCUCAGUCUCCCAGGUGGGCCCAUCCGUUGGAGGAUACAUGUGCAGCAAAGGUUCCAAACAACCCCUCUGCCACCCGUCACAAGACUUUGGAAUGGCGAUGCAGCCUGGCCAGAGCAUGAUGGGAAUGGGUGGCCCUCCACGUCAACCGUUACACCCGGCUCAUGCUGUGACACGACCAGGAAUGCCAUGUCCAAACCUACCAGGCGGUCGUGUGUCGACCCACCAACUGCGGCAGGUGCUGCACCAAGGCGGAGCUCUUCAGUCACAUAUGAUGUUCCCUUCUCAGCAGCAGCAGCAGCCCACGUCACAGUCCCAGCUCUGGCAGCACCAACAAGGGUUGCAACCACAUAUGGACCCUGCAAACCACCAACAUCCCUUCCCCGCCGGAGGAGCCCUACCUGGAUGCCGAGGUCCUCAGUUUCCACAGCGAUCCGGCAUGGCAGGUAUGCCAGCCAACUUCCCUGGAUCCCAUCAUCCUCCAAAUCAAGUAGCCCCUGGUUUGGUUAGCAGACAGGACCAGAAGAUGCCCAACACCCAGCCACUAUCCUCCAUGUCCCAACAGAACUUCAGAAUGCGAGGUCCGCUUUCCGCUCUAGCUGUUAUGAAACCAGGAGGACGGUCCAUGAUGCACCCUGCCCAUGGGAUGGCGCUUCCUAGUUACCAGACUACUUCCACGGGGAAACACUGUUCACCGCAGAGCUACAACCCUAGAGAUAAACUGCCUUCCUAUGACUACAGAACACAGCAUCAGAGCAAUGGAGCAAUGGCAGCGGGGCUACAAGGACCUGGAGGCGGAGGUGGUGGCAGGGCAGAGGUGGACUUCAUAGACACUCUGGUGGGCAACAAUGAAGACUGGCUGAACAAUCUCACCAUGAUUGAUGAAUACCUUGAGCAAAACUCAUAGGGACUGAUCAAGAGCAUCCUAGGUUUAUAAAUCACUACACACAGCUCCAGAAUGGGGCCGUAGGGUCAUUGCUCUGUAAAGGCGCGUUCAGACCAAGAGCGCUAACUGUAACAAGAACUAUAUUAGUGUCCACACCAACGGAUGAUAAUAUUCUGUUCCUUAUAAGCUUACAGCACCAUUGUCUGCUGUUGUAAGGCCCUGACUUUUCUGAACUUUUAUGGAAAUCCACUUUGGCAAGCUUUUUCGAACCCCAGAAACGAACUCCAAACUUUGUGUUGGUCUAAUUUUGUUCUAAAUAACGCAGUAUAUUAAGUCCUUUAAAUAUGCAAGCUGUUUAAACUUAUGUGGUAUCUGAUUGCCUUAAAAAACUAUUUAGUUUAUCAUUAUAUCUUUACAUCUUUGGUGUGAACGAACCUUAAAGUCUUAAAGCGUUUUUUUGUUGUUGUUUGUUUGUCAUGGCUAGCAUUAGUGAGAAUGUAUCAGUGGAAAUGAGGCACUGCUAACCCUCCUGAAAUGGCUUUGGCUGUCGUUAAACUGGCUUAUAUUAUAAGAUGCUUUUUCCUUUUCUCUAUGGUUGCUCUUCCAGUGCUCCCUGCGCUGUUUUAGGAUAAUAUUGUAAUUAUUGUCAAAUGUAUUAUGGAAUGAAACACUGACUUAUGAAAACAUGGGCUUUGCUCAGCAGUGUAAAGAAAGUUCUCAUUCAGUUAAGGGGACAGUUCACCCAAA